GCCCCCGCGACGGGGCGGGCGGCGGCUCCGCGGCCGCCGCCGGCAUGGAGAGAGCGGGGUGGUGCGACCGGACCGAGGGGCGCCCCGCCCGGGGGGGGCUGCUGCCCCCUGGCCUCCUCCUCCUCCUCGUCCUCCUCCUCCUCCUGGCAGAAGAUUGUCUGGCUCAGUGUGAUAAUGACUGCAAAGCUUACUGCUGUGAUGGGACUACUCCCUACUGCUGUUCAUAUUAUGCCUACAUUGGGAAUGUCCUUUCAGGCACAGCAAUAGCUGGAAUUGUUUUUGGCAUAGUGUUUAUAAUGGGAGUGAUAGCUGGGAUUGCCAUCUGUAUCUGCAUGUGCAUGAAGAGCAACCGUGGGACUCGAGUAGGGGUCAUCCGGACCACGCACAUCAACACCAUCAGCACGUACCCAGUGGCUCCACCACCAUACAGUUAUGAAUUCGAAAUGGAGUACCCAGCUGACCUACCUCCACCUUAUACUCCAACCCCACAGACUUCAAUACAGUAUCCCCCACCCCCUCCAUACCCUGGAUAUUCAGGGAAAUAAUUACAUGUCUUCACAUGGAUAUUGAGUGCCUAUUGCAACAGCCAGCACUGUUGGGACAGUGUUACCGGCUCAGGGACAAGUAGGGUGGGGUGUGCAUCAACACGUAUGGCCCAGCAUUGGAAUAACCUGGAAAAGUUGCCAUAGCUCAGGAUGAAGAAAAAUCCUGUCCAUUAUGGACCGUCAUGUUUUGUGAUUAAACAAUGCAUGACCAAAGAAACAGUUCCUGUAAGUUGGUGUCUGCUGAGUGGUGCUCAGCAUCAGUCUUAUCUUCAGCUGCAGCAUGUGGGAGUGGGGCUUUUCCUGUGUGGGAACAUGCAAGUGGUGCAAAUGGUUCAGCAAGCUGUUUCAAAAGCACAAGAGCCAGCUGCUGAGGCUUAUUUCGGGGGGAAAACGCCAACUGUUGUCUUGAAGUAACCACUAUGCCUUCCUUGAAACAAUAAGGAAUAAGGAAGAACAAGGAAUACUGAAGCUGUUUUUGUUUUCCACUUCCAGCCAAUAAUAGCCAAUGAUCACUGUGCUUAUUGGUCUGAUAAGCAUGUUACAAAGAGAAGUGCUGUUGGAGUUAUGCAGUAACUAAAAAACGAUGGGUAUUAUUUUUGGCCAAGUGCAGGUUGUUUAAAUUGCCGACAGUUUGAGACUAGUUUGUAAACUAAAGUGUUAACAUAAAGAGCAUUUUUGUAUGUGAAAUACACUAAUUUAUAGCUGAUUUACUUUUGCCUGGACUUAAAUACUCUAUACAUAGGAAAUAUGCUACAAUGCCUUUUUUAUCAGCAAAUGAUACUUGGAUUUUAUUAUAAAAAUACUGAAUUGGCAAAACUCACAAGUGGUAGAAGAAAUGCAAACCAAAUAUUAAAACAUCUCAGGUUUGUCUUCAGUUGGAUUGCAUAAAGGCUUUUUUUUUUUCCAAGUCAUACUGUUUACCGGUAAUAAGGAUAUUCAGCCUGACCAAAGAGAUGAGCAUAGAGACUGUGAGGAUCAUGUUACUUUUGAAUGUUGUCUUGGGCAUUUUAAAAAUCUAGGUCACUAAGUAAUACUUUUUGCAUUUGUCAUGCAUAUUGUUCAAAAUUACUUAUUCUUUGCUAUGUACAGUCCAGACCUUUAUGAUUUAAAAUGUUCCAUGUCUUUAGGAGGCUAACUAUAAUUUAGCAGCAGCUGUUUGACUUCAGAAAAGAAUAUUCUAUUGCCUAAAGCAUCAUCCUUCAGUGGUAAGACUGUUAUUUUUCUGAGAUUUAUAUGCAAACUACAAACACGGUGGUUCUCUUCAGCGGUGUAAAAGUGCUGAAUGCCCUUAGUUUGAAUUGAGUGUCUGGGCAGUUUAAGAAUGCUAUAGCCAAAAAUACAGCACCUGGAGUUCAGGACAGCCGUGACAUCAGGUCCAUCUCAGAGGGAGAGACUGAAAGUUACUGCUGAUUCCCGGAGAUCAGAAUGCAUUUAAAUGUUUUCCAUUGUAGCCCUCAUCUUAUUUUCAGGUGUAUCCACGUAGUAAUGAAUAAAAAAGCAACUUGCAAGACAUGGUACCAUA